AUAAAAAGUUUUACUCUGAGGUACAAUUGUUUACUAAAAACUACUUCACAUUUUUAAAUUAAAAUUAUUAAUUUUAACUCGAAUAACAUAAACUUAAAUUUGAGAUAUUUUAAAUAAGAAGAAGCGUAACGAUGAAUAAAUUAACCACUAAGUCUAUAUUGUUUAUCCUUUUAGGAGUAAAUACGUUAAAAACAGUGCUCUCUGUUAGCUGUUAUCAGUGUUCGGGUACUGAUUCAAACGAACCAUUCGAAUGCAAUGAAUUCUUAGAUUCUAAUUCACAAAUAUCACACACUGACUGUGAAGGAAUUCAUGAUGCCCAGUUUUGUAUUAAACAUGUCGGCCGGUUUGAAGGAUUGGCUAUAGACUGUUACCAAUGUAAUUCUUCAGCAACAAUGGAAUGUGGUGAUGGACUUAUGAAUUUGGAUGGUGGGAUAUUAAUACCUACCCCUUGCAACCAUGUGUACAAUGCACAGUUUUGUAUUAAACGGACAGGUGGUAUAGGAACAAAACGCUUUUGUUCUUCAUUGGACUUAGGGAACUAUUGCAACUAUGUUCAACAGCCAGGGGACAAACUGGAGUACAGAACAUGCAUUUAUACCUGUGGCACAGAUGGAUGCAAUGGCACUGUGGCGUUAAGAAUAUCUGCAGUGAAUUUAAUUUUAGCUUUAUUUGUAGCCUAUAUUAAUGGAUGUUAACAUAGCAAAUAUUUCUAAAUUUUACAAUGAAAGCACAUUAAUUAACGCUGCAUAUAACUCUUUAUUUGUUGUAUAAAAUCUGCCAUAACAGAGCAAAGAUGUGAUAGGUUGCAUAGAAUCUCGUACAAAAAUCACUAUUUACUGUUACAAUUAGGUGUGCUUUGAACACUGAAGUGCAUUUUUGUAUUUAGUUUUAAUUUAAUAUUAGUAAUGAUACCUCUUGCAAUGACAUUCCAUUAACCAUUAAAUUCAAAGCUGCAAUAUUAUACAAUUGUUUCUUUAAAUUUUUAAUGGUUAUUUUAGUUCUAAUAUUAUUUUAGAGUUGUUGUAUUGAAAAAUUGCCAGAAAAUACAUUAUUAGAUCUUAUGAAAUGCCGUCGAUUUAUAUAAUACUUUUUAAAAUGUUGUAAAUGUAACUAUUAUUAAGGUAUA